CCGAGCUGUCAAACAACAUCGACGCCAUUUCGACAAGAGCCUCAAAAUGGCAGUAUAAUGCAAAGCGGGGAUCGCUCCUCACUGAAUAAGAAGCGACGCGCGCUUCUGACGCCCGCGAACACAGACGCGCUUUAACGGACACUUUGAAGACGCCCCGCGGCGACGCGAUGGAUAUCAGCACUGCGGUGUUUAACGCGGCGAGAGACGGAAAACUGAAACUCAUCCAGAAGUUGCUGAGCGACAAAAGUCCGCAGGAGCUGGAGGCGCUGGCGGAGGAGAAGACGCAGGGAGGCACGCCGUUGCUCAUCGCUUCGCGCUACGGACACCUGCAGGUGGUGGAGUACCUGCUGGAGCACUGCAGGGCCGGCGUGGAGCUCGGGGGCGCCGUCAGCUUCGACGGGGAGACGAUAGAAGGCGCUCCGCCGCUGUGGGCCGCCUCCGCCGCGGGGCACCUGCCGGUGGUGAAGACGCUCCUGGAGCACGGAGCCUCCGUCAACAGCACCACCCUCACCAACUCCACCCCGCUGCGGGCCGCCUGCUUCGACGGACACCUGGAGAUCGUGCGCUACCUGGUGGAGCAUCACGCGGACCUGGAGGUGGCCAACCGUCACGGUCACACCUGCCUGAUGAUCUCCUGCUACAAGGGCCACAAGGAGAUCGCCCAGUUCCUGCUGGAGCACGGGGCCGACGUCAACCGGCGGAGCGUGAAGGGCAACACGGCUCUGCACGACUGCGCCGAGUCCGGCAGCCUGGAGAUCCUGAAGCUGCUGCUGAAGGGUGGAGCGAGGAUGGAGCGGGACGGGUACGGCAUGACCCCGCUCCUCGCCGCCAGCGUCACCGGACACACCAACAUCGUGGAGUACCUGCUGCACCAGCCGCGCUCCGCCCGAGAGCCCCGCAUCGACGCGCUGGAGCUGCUGGGGGCCACCUUCGUGGACAAGAAGCGUGACCUGCUGGGCGGCAUGCGCUACUGGAGGAGAGCCAUGGAGCUGCGGCAGACGGGCGAGAAGAGCCUGGCUAAACCGGCCCCGGGGCCCCCGGUGCCCGCGUACGACUGCGCCCGCGAGGUGUGUACGGCCGAGGAGCUGGAGGCGCUGGUCACUGACCCGGACGAGAUGCGCAUGCAGGCGCUGCUGAUCCGAGAGCGCAUCCUCGGGCCCUCGCACCCCGACACCUCCUACUACAUCCGCUACCGCGGGGCCGUGUACGCCGACUCGGGCGACUUCGAGCGCUGCAUCCGUCUGUGGAAGUACGCUCUGGACAUGCAGCAGAGACACCUGGACCCGCUCAGCCCCAUGACCGCCAGCAGCUUCCUGUCCUUCGCCGAGCUCUUCUCCUUCGUGCUGCAGGACCGAGCCAAGGGCCGCGUCGCUCGGGUCAGCUUCCAGGACCUGAUGGGUGUUCUGAGGAAGAGUGUGUGUGAGGUGGAGCGGGCCGUGGCGCAGCGGGACAGUCCUCCGGAGACGCCUCAGUUCACCAAAGCGCUGUCCAUCAUCCUGCACCUGCUGUUCCUGCUGGAGAAGCUGGAGUGUGCUCCGGAGCAGGAGCACCAGAAGCGUCUGACCGUGUACCGGCUGCUGAAGCUCAGCCCGCGGGCGAGGAGCGGCUACACCCCGCUGCACAUGGCUGUGGACAAGGACACCACGUCUGUGGGCCGUUACCCGGUGGGGCGCUUCCCGUCUCUGUGUGUGGCGCGUCUGCUGCUGGAGUGCGGUGCUGACGUAGACUCCCGCGACUGUGAGAACAACACCCCGCUGCACGUCGCCGCCGCUAACGGCUGUCCGGAGAUCAUGGCGGCGCUGAUCCGGGCCGGAGCGCACUUCGACGCCACCAACGCCCAGCACAAGACGGCCUACGAGCUGCUGGACGAGCAGAGCAGCGGGCGACACGCGCUCCACCCGCUCAGCUACGUCACGCUGCAGUGUCUGGCCGCCCGCACCAUCCUGACACACAGACUGCCCUACAGAGGACUGACCUCGGAGCAGAUGGAGGCCUUCAUCGAGCUGCACUGACCCCAGCAGUGACCCGAGGCGUGUGGUGUGUUUCAUGAUCACAGCAUUAAAGUGUUUUCUGUCAGACUCCUCCAGUGUUUCUCUCAGUGAUGAUCCUGAAGGACUCGGAAGCACGUGGUGCCAAAUGCUCUCUUUUCUAACAGCUUUGAAUGCGUGCGGCUGUGAUUUUUAAUGUGUUUUUACUCUAUUUCCUUCCUGUGGGGAUGGACUGUAAUAUAUUGAUCUUGGCACUUUACCCCCCCGCUGUAUGAGAACAGCUAUUUUUGACUUGCUGACGUUACACUGAUAUCUAUGCAGUUUAUUAACAGCGGUGGAUUUGGAGUGACAGAUCUGGCAACCCAAGUUCUUUUUGUUUUCUUUUCCUAUGCAGGGUUACGUGAAAGCUUCCUAUGCAUUGUGAUCUUAUUCUAAUUGCCUGCAAGUUUUUAUUGUUGGUCUGAUUUCAUUGCUGAAGUGAUUUAUUUCUCUGUUGUCCGGUCUGUUGUUGUAAAUGCCACCCUGUGAAAGCACUUUGGAAAUGUUAACCUCAAAACCAGAGAUGUCUCUCAGAAACUUCAAGUGAUUUAGUUAAUUUAAGACAAUUUACUACAAGACAAAAAUGUGUCUGGUGAUGCCUGAAUAAAGCUCAAGCGUCCCGUC